AUGUUGCAAUCAAGGUCUUUUCAAAUAGAAAAAAGCGUAAUAGAGAAUCACAAAGAAAUUAGACAAGAGUACAGAAUACUAAAAGCAUUAGAAAACUGCAACAAUGAACAUCUUACCCAAUUUUACGGAUGUAUUACAGAAAAUACUUAUGUUUUUGAACUAUGUGAAUACAAUCUUAUUUCAUUUAUCAACGAACACGAUCUUGAUUUGAAAGGGAUUAAGAAAAUCAUGAGAAUGAUUCUCCUCGGAAUACAUGAAAUACAUAGAAAUGGAAUAAUUCACAGAGAUAUAAAACUUGGAAACAUACUUGUCAAAGAUGACUGUGUCAAGCUAUGUGAUUUUGGUCUUUCUUGUUUUAUUAAUGCGAAUGAUUUUAGCUAUUGUGGAACAAAGGAUUAUCUUGCACCUGAAAUGGAAGCUAUAUCCAGAAAGGAAAAUACAGAAAUGGCGCAGAAUAUAAAAUUUAAGAUUAAUAAUUGUAAAUAUGACGAAAAAAUAGACGUAUACGCUGCAGGCAUUAUCUAUAAGACAUUAUUGACACGUAAAAAGGAAAGCGAUUUAGAAAAUAUAACUGUUGAUACAAACAUCAAAGCUUUAAUAUUAAGCAUGACCAAUCCAGACCCAUUAAAAAGAUAUUCUGCACAGCAGUCCCUGUUUCAUUCCAGCUUUGAUGAUCUUUUCUAUGAAAUUCCUGAUUUUUCGGACCUAAAAAAUUUAUCAAAAAUUACUAAAUAUGGAAAAAUAUCUAGAAUUUCCGAUAAAACUCACAAUUACAUUCAAAUAGAGUAUAUUUAUGAAAACAAACCAAGAAUAUUAAGGAUUGAAUGCAUUAGUCCAAAAAAUUUAAUUUUUCAGGAUAGAAUAUGCUUUGAGUAUAAAAUCAAAGUAAAUGAACUUGAAAUUGACAAAAGACUAUUAAGUAAUAGCAUGAUAAAACACUUCAAUUAUCUGUGUAGCUAUUUCAAAAUAGUAUGUGAAAAAACAAUAAAGUACAAAGAUACGGACGGACACUUUACUUUCUUCGUAACAAUAUGUAACACCAAACACCUGGAAUGUGAUGAUUUUAAAAUUAAAAAGUAUAAAGAUAACAGAUGUGAAAUGACAGCUGGGGAUCAUCAAGAAAGUAUAAAGUUUGAUCGUAUUCCGAUCAAAGCAAGACAGGUAUUUGAGAAAUUUGAGAAAAAAUAUCAAACUGUCAACAGUUUUCACAUUGAACAGCAGUCUAGCAUGAAGAUAUCGUUGAAUACUGAUCAACUGAUAAAAAAGUACGAAUUUAUUGAAAGACAGGGAUGGGCAUUGAAAAAUGGGUUAAGGUUUAUACUUUUAUUGAAUUGUGGUAAAAAAUACACGAUAGAUGUUGAAGAACAAACCAUUUCUGAAAAUGAGGGAGUUAAAAUGGACAUAACAGAAAUGUCCGUUCAACUAUUAAGUUUGAUUCGACAGUUCAUAAUAAAGUUUAUAUAA